AUGCAAUCAUGCGGCAGAGCAGCAAGACGCUCCGCAUGCGGCGCCCUCAAUGCCUACAGCCCGGCUAACGCACUGCGCUCGACCUUUGCAACAACCUCGAAACGGCGCCAGGACGAAGAGACGGUGCCGUCCCAGGUGGCUAGGAACUCGCAUAAUGGAAAAAAGGGCAGGAGUUUCAAUAAAAUACUCGCCAAUACCCCUGACGAUGCUCUCGGAUGGAUCGACAAAGAGUUGACGCGCGAGCAAGAGGAGGGCGUGCUCGAAGAAAGAUAUGUCGGGAGAGUCACAGGACCAAGGGCCCUUGUUACAUCCAACGAUGAUUGGCAACCGUUCAUUGCCAGGCUGAGGGAUCGGAGGGCAUCAUUACGCACACAAGAGGGACGCAAGAAGUUGCUUGGCCUGAGUGAAGAACAGAAGGAUAUCCUAAGGAAGAGCUUCGACUACGUUCCGCUCGUGAUUCUGCCGCAUCAGAGCAAAAUGCGCAAAAUGCCGAUCCCGUGGGCUUUGACAGACGCGGAGAAGGGCAGAUUGAAGGGUACUGGGCACCUGCUGUCCGAGGAGCUCAGGCGUUUUGAACAGUAUAUGACUCCUACUUUCGAGGAAAGCGCCGCUAGACGCGCCAUCGCAGAGGAGCUCAAAGACUUCAUCACCACGACGCUACUUGACGACGAGCCGGGUAAGACUGGUUUUGAGAUCUUCGGCUCAGAGAAGACAGGCCUUGCCGCACCUCUAUCCGACAUAGACGUCCGCGUCUUCGACACCACCGACCGUGAAGCGAUGCCCCUGCGCAUGGGCAAUCGAAUGGAAUUUCUCUUUACGAGAUUAAGACGAAGUGACAAAUACGUCCUUACAACUCUACGCAAAAUGGGUCGAUUCCCGAUCAUAAACUGCCAACACCGCGAGUCCGGCAUCGACAUUCAAAUCGUAGCCUCCCCCGCCACUUCGCGCCAACAGGAAAUCACAACCCGGUACCUCGCCCUCACUCCGCACCUACGUCCCCUCUUCUACGUCUUCCGCACAAUCCUCGCUAUGCGCGGCCUCCUCGACGUCUGGAGCGGUGGCCUCGGCUCUUACGGCAGCUUCAUCAUGCUCUUCGCCACCAUCAACCGCGAACUCGAGCGAUCAGCUAGGGUAGACCCAGGCCAUCGCGAUGACUUUCUCGCUUCCCACUUCCGACGAUUCCUCAGAUUUUACGCCGACGACAAACCGGAAUACAGCGGCAUGGUACCCUCGAAACACGGCAUCGCCGUAGGCCCCCGCCUCAAGUUCCUCAAACACGAUGCCGACCCACGAUACAAUCGAUACAGCCAACUCGCUUUAAAACGUGGCGAUCCCAUUCGCGCAGCCCAAUGGAUGAUGUGUCAGCGCAACCCAUUGCAGCCAUAUCUAUUGACACUCCAGGAUCCCGCGGAUCCGAGGAACGAUCUAGGCAAGAAAACCAAUGCCAUCAAACACAUCCUCGCAACCAUCAACCAUUAUCGACACAUGCUGAACAAGAAGCUGAAAGAUGUCGGCGCGCACAGGGCCACAGGCAAGACGUGGCCGGAGGAGAGUAUUUUGAUGCCGUUUGUGGGGAGGUGUCACGAGGUUUACGCAGCGCCGAGGAAGAAGCUGAGUGAUUAUGGGAGGCGGAUUCUGGACGGGGACAAGAAAGAUAGCAAGGAGCAAGAACAGGAGCGGGCAAGGUUAGGCCAGCGGCAGAAAGAAGAGGAGAGGAAAGAAGUUGAGAUGAUGCGGACUGCGGAGGCUUUCGCUGCUACUGAUGAUGCGCUCGAUGAGGGUGGCGAUGGCGGGAGGCGGGACUUAGGAGGGGGAGAGCAAGAGAGCAAGAGGCAACACGCUGCUACUGCUACUGCUACUGAUACUGAUGCGGCGGAUCAGGGUGGUCACGGAGGGAGUAAAAUUCGAAAGGUUCGCGUGCGAUGGCUUACAAAGUUCAUUCCCGCCGACGACCCUCCGUGA